GUCUCUCCAUUGCCCGGCGGCAUCAAUCUUUCUUUAAUCUCGCCCUCCUCAAUUCACUUCCUCCCCCUCUAUUUCCCCUCCGAUCGCUGCCCACACCCCACACCACCAUGGAGCACAUUCGGAAUACAUUCGCCAAGUGCAAGGAGCAGAAGCGUGCUGCUCUUGUGUCCUACAUCACCGCUGGUUACCCCACCGUUGAAGAGACCGUCGACAUUAUCAUCGGAUUGGAGAAUGGAGGUGCUGACAUUAUCGAAUUGGGUGUUCCCUUCACCGAUCCCAUUGCAGAUGGCCCUACCAUCCAAAAAGCCAACACCAAGGCUCUUGCCAACGGUGUCACAGUCACAACAGUUCUCGAUAUCGUCCGCACAGCCAGAAGCAAGGGUGUCCAAGCACCUCUUCUUCUGAUGGGAUACUACAACCCUAUGAUGCGCUAUGGUGAGGAGCGUAUGCUCAAGGAUUGCAAGGAGGCGGGUGUCAAUGGUUUCAUCAUGGUCGAUCUUCCUCCCGAGGAGGCUGUCCGUUUCAGAGAUCUCUGCACUAGCUCUGGAUUGUCUUACAUUCCCCUCAUUGCCCCCUCCACAUCCGAGUCCCGCAUGAAGCUUCUGUGCCAGAUUGCCGAUUCUUUCAUCUACGUCGUCUCGAGAAUGGGUGUUACCGGUGCCACCGGAAAGCUCAGCUCGAACCUGCCCGAACUCCUGUCCCGUGUUCACAAUUGGUCCGGCAAUGUGCCUGCCGCGCUCGGAUUCGGUGUUAGCACUCGUGAGCACUUCCUGGAGGUCCAGGGAUUGGCUGAGGGUGUUGUCAUUGGUAGUCAGAUUAUCACCGUUCUGGGUGAGGCCCCUGCCGGUCAGGCGGCUAAGAAUGCCCAGGAAUACCUGUCUAGCGUUACCGGCCGCCAGCUCCAGAGAGAUGCCCAGGGCACCAUUACAGGCCAGGUCAACGUGUUGGAGUUUGUGGAGAAGAAGCCCACUGUUAUCUCCCAGCCUACGGAUAUCGUCACUGAUGAGGACACCCCGUCUGGUCCUGGCUUGGCUGACCAGCUCGAGGCUCUCAACGGCACUGGAAACCCCGCUGCGCAGCCCUCGCGCUUCGGCGAGUUCGGUGGUCAGUAUGUCCCUGAGUCUCUCAUGGACUGUUUGGCCGAACUCGAGAAUGGUUUCGAAAAGGCUCUGAACGACCCCAAGUUCUGGGAGGAAUUCCGCUCAUACUACCCUUACAUGGGUAGACCCAGCAGUCUCCACCUUGCCGACCGUCUGACUGAGCAUGCUGGAGGUGCUAACAUUUGGCUCAAGCGUGAGGAUCUGAACCACACUGGUAGCCACAAGAUCAACAACGCUUUGGGUCAGAUCCUUAUUGCCCGGAGACUGGGUAAGACCCGCAUCAUUGCUGAGACUGGUGCUGGUCAGCACGGUGUUGCCACUGCCACUGUCUGUGCCAAGUUUGGCAUGAAGUGUGUUGUCUACAUGGGUGCUGAGGACGUCCGCCGUCAGGCUUUGAACGUUUUCCGCAUGAAGCUUCUGGGCGCUUCCGUUGUGGCUGUCGAUGCUGGUAGCCAGACUCUGCGUGACGCUGUCAACGAGGCCCUCCGCGCCUGGGUCGUCGACUUGGACUCUACUCACUACAUUAUUGGUUCCGCCAUUGGUCCUCAUCCUUUCCCCACCAUUGUCCGUACUUUCCAGUCCGUCAUUGGUGAUGAGACCAAGCAGCAGAUGCAGGAACAGAUUGGCAAGCUGCCUGACGCAGUUGUUGCCUGUGUUGGUGGUGGUAGCAACGCUGUUGGCAUGUUCUACCCCUUCUCCAAGGACCCAAGCGUCAAGCUUGUUGGUGUUGAGGCUGGUGGUGAUGGUGUCGACACAGCCAGACAUUCUGCUACCUUGUCCGGUGGUACCAAGGGUGUCCUCCACGGUGUCCGCACCUACAUUCUCCAGAACGAGCACGGCCAGGUCUCCGAGACCCACUCUAUCUCCGCUGGUCUCGACUACCCCGGUGUCGGACCCGAGCUCAGCUCCUGGAAGGACAGUGACCGCGCUCGCUUCAUUGCCGCUACUGACGCCGAGGCCCUUGAGGGUUUCCGUGCGCUCGCUCAGACAGAGGGUAUCAUCCCUGCCCUGGAGUCCUCCCACGCUGUCUUCGGCGCUAUCCAACUGGCUAAGACCAUGAAGAAGGGCGAGAACAUCGUACUGAACCUUAGCGGUAGAGGAGACAAGGACGUGCAAAGCGUCGCCGAGGAGCUUCCCAAACUGGGACCCAAGAUCGGCUGGGACCUGAGAUUCUAAACCACUUGGAAUCUUGUGACAUAAGAUAUUCUAUUUACUAGCAGGGAGGCUUGUUCUCAAAAUUUAUGAUUGACGUUUUUUAUUAUCAUUAUUAUUACUGCGUUGAAAAUUGUCAUAUUUUACUUUUCAAGUACCUAUAUUUCUGCCACAUGCAAACUUUCUGGAUACUGUUCCACCAAAGGAAAAAAAGUGCCUUUUUUUGCUAUAAUUUCUUCUGUCUUUUCUUUUCUUUUUUUCCUGGACU